CUCGUCCCACCCCUUCUUGCUUCCAGUCCUCCAGCUUCGGAUCCACAGACAGUAUCAGGACCCGAAACCAGGAGUGCUGGCCCCACCCCUGUCCCAGCAAAACCCCAGAAAUCCGUGAUCCUCAGCUGCCACACCCCUUGGAGACCGAGCACAGGAUUCCUGCCUUUCUGGAGAACGAGUCUCCCAAGAUCCCCCAACAUUGGAGGAAGUCCAAGCCCAAGGGGACUUUGACGUACCACCAGUACAUGCCCCCAGAGCCGAGACAAGGAUCCAGGGCUGACCCCCAGGCCAAAGGGUCGGCCCUGGGUCCCCCUGGGCCACUUCUGUGGGAAGAAACAAACUCCCAGCAGCCACCUCCUGGGAUGAAGCCCACGCCCCUCUGUCCCUCCCUCCCAGGAGUCCCCAGCCCCUCGCCUCCUCCGCACAAGUUGGAACUUCAGACCCUUAAACUGGAGGAGCUGACGUAUAGAAGACCCUCUUCGGGGUUCCAGGCCAAGCCGCCUCCAUGUGCCGUGGAGACCCUCGCGACGGCACCGGCGGCUCCCUGUCCCACUGCGGCUCCAGCGUUGAGCCCUUCCUCGGCACCAGCCUCAGUGACCUUGACCUUGGAAGAGGAGCUGCAGGAAGCGAUCCGGCGGGCGCAGCUGCUUCCGAACCGGAGCAUCGAUGACAUCUUGACGGGACAGGUGGAGCCCGACGACACAGUGCCUCCCAUGCCCCUGGACUUCCCCGGCUCCUUCGACGUGCUGUCCCCCUCCCCCGACUCCGAAGGCCUCUCAUCUGUCUUCUCGUCCUCGCUUCCGUCCCCUACGAACUCCCCGUCCCCCUCUCCCAUGGACUCCUUGGACUGGCUGGAGGCUCUGAGUGGGGGUCCCCCGCUGGGCUGCGGCCCCCCGGCCCCCAGCAUCUUCUCCGCUGACAUAUCUGACUCCAGUGGCACCAGGCUGUGGGACCUGCUGGAGGAUCCGUGGUGAUGGAUUCUGGGCUUUCCAGGGACUGAGAACUGAUGGGCAUGGGGAGGUCACAGAGACAGACCCCCUGAGGGAGGGGUUGGAACAACCAGCGGCGUCAGAAACAACCCUCGUCUCCACCCCACCCCUGACCCACUGCUGACAUGCCAGCUGCCUGCCUUUUGCCCGCCUGAAGGCCAUAGUCUCCCUCCACGGUUGUGUGAUUGGGGGCGGGAGGUUUCAUUUGCUGCUUGCCAUGACAAACACGCUGCUUGCUGCUUCCUUCAGA